AUGUCCUCCAGUAGUGCGACAUCAGGCAACAAUGUAUCUGGGAACACCGUCCAGAAGGGUUCCGCUACGGUGUCAACAAGGACGAGUGGACGGUCUCUUGCGACGCCAGCAUGCUCCUCCGAUCCUAAAUAUAAGAAAUACGUCCAACAAGUCGAGAAGUGCCUGAAUUCUUUCGAUAAUGUUCACGAAUGGGCGGAUUGCAUCGCGUUUCUGAAGCAGCUGUUGAAGACUUUCCAAUCCUACAUGCAAUUCAAGGAGAUUCCGCGCAAGUUGAUAGUAGCGAAACGUCUGUCCCAAUGCCUGAAUCCAGCCCUUCCAACUGGUGUCCACCAACGUGCUCUGGAAGUCUAUGUCCAUAUACUGGCCGUUCUUGGUGUGGAGGGUUUGAAGCACGACCUUGCUCUGUGGUCUUCUGGUCUCUUCCCAUUCUUUGAGUAUGCUGCUACAUCUGUCAAGCCCACAUUGCUCAACAUUUACGACACACACUACAUACCCCUGCAAGCGGACCUCCGACCGAUAAUGAAAUCGUUUAUCCUAGCCCUGCUACCUGGUCUGGAGGAAGAGACAGGGGAAUUUUUUGACAAGGUUCUCAGUCUUUUAGAUCGCCUGUCGGGGGCAGUAUCAAUAUCUUUUUUCUUCCAAAACAUAUGGCUCGUCAUGUUGACUACGCCAUCCGCUCGAGGAACGUCUCUCAAUUUCCUUGGCCGUCGGCUUCCGCGUUUAAAUGCUGAUGAAGAUAUCAGUGAUGUUGUUGGAAAGGAUAUCGGAUUAAUGAUCCGUGCCUUUGCUGCAGCAUUGGAAGACGAGAAUCUACUUGUUCGACGUGCGGCUCUCGAUAUCCUGUUGCAAAGCGUUCGAGCAAACAGUCACACUCUUCGGAAGGCCCACCAAAACGAUCGCGCCAUAUUGAUGCGAGCCGCUACUGGGGUAGUUCUGCGUCGUGAUCUUUCACUCAAUCGUCGCCUGUAUACCUGGUUGCUCGGUGCCGACGAGAAGAGUGAGAAUCAGGUAGCCUAUUUGAAGGAAAAUUCGCUUGAAUUGCUCAGUUCGACGUUAAAGAGUGAAAUGUUCUCCCCAUCGGGAGAAUACGCGGAGUCUCGGCCGUUCAAGAUUCUCAUAUCUCUACUGGACAAAUGGGAAAUCGGUGCUCCCUUAACUGAAGUUUUGGUGUACGAUUCCUUCAAAGCCGUCAUGGAUCUUGUGCAGCACCCAGUCGAGAGUGGUGAAGAUCUCACAAUGACGGCAAGUACUUUGUAUGAAGCCGUUGAGCCACAGCUACUCUGGAAACACCUACUGUCCGCUAUAUUCAAGGAUAUGACAGGCGAUGCCACAGAGGCCGAGGCUACGCGUUUGAUCCGAUUCAUCCUCAAAUCCUUUUCUCAGGAUGAGGAGGUUCAGACAAUCCAUCUUCCCGUCGUGUUCUCCGCAAUUAUUGACCUCAUGGCCGUAGAGAUUCAAACUGACCCCUCCAAGGCCUCUUCUGACCGUUUCAGAGAGGCAAUGGUGCUCUUGGACGAUAUGGUGCAGUAUAUUCCACAUUCAGGUCUUCUGCAGCGUCCUGGAGCCAGCACCUCCUCCGACGAUUAUCAACGACCCUAUGACUUCGCAUGCUUGUUUUUCAAGAUCCCGGCCAAGUCGACGCUCACGACUUUUAGUCCUCAGCCAGCUAUACCCCUGGCAUCGUGCUUCGAACAAUUAGCAUCGAUGAGCAUAAUUUAUGCUCGGGGUCUUUCAGGAGAACCACAAAGGGGCCGCACUUUACGCGAAGCGUUCUGCCGCAUCUUAAACCUCGUAGAUCGCCUUGUUGGACGAUUAGUAGCCCCGAUUUCUCUGGCGUGGCACCCGAAGGAGUGGCUUGAUUCAAUGCUUUCCACCUUGAACCACACGACUAUCACCUUCACCACGGUCGAUCGAGUGAUCAGCCUAGCAAUUGCGCUUCACCGAAACCAGUACCUGGAUACUAAACUGGACAUUCAUGAGAGGGUGACGGUGUAUCGAUUAGUGACUGCACUUCUGAAGUAUCUUGGCCCGGAGUGUACGCCAUAUCAUGUUCGGGCAGUGAACUUGAUCUGGUCCAUACAAUCUUCAACAACGCGCUCUCACCUCGAAUCCAUUCUGUCUCAAUCGCUCACUUCGCCUGAAUCCCGCAAGGCAUACGAAGCUUAUGAAGCAUUUGGAGUUCUAUGGAGGCUGUCUGACGACACCCUACUUCCCGGCUUUUAUUUCAAGGUCCCUAUGAUGAUUGUUUUAGACGCUUUGAAGAGCGACAAGCCCGGACUUCGACGGAUUGGAGAAACGUGGAUGCGUUGUAGCCUGAAAUCGUACAUCAGGAUUCUUGACCCUAUCCUUCAUGACCUUCUAGACCCUGGGAUAGUGCGAAACCCCACAACAUUCAAAGUUAGAGGGAGAGAGUUGCCUGGCUUCUCCUACGAACGUGCAUUCGACCAAAGAAUUAUGAAUCAUCUUCUGGAGACCUUACUCUCAAUUGUGUCCUUUGGUGGGCAAGGCUUUACAAAGGCCGCAAGGACGUCCUCUAUUAAGCGUUCACAUCACAUUGGACUGUUGCAACGGGUAACGAGCAGUGGCUUCGGAGACGCAGAGGCAACUUACCUGGACGUCUUGAUUGAAACGUUGCUCCGCUUCGUCCAAUCUGAGCCAAAUAUAACACUGGCUGAAUCCAUGCAACCAUUGAACAAUAUCAUUCAGAGCAACGCCAUCGAACUCCUACAGGCCAUUGUAUCUCGAGGCGACAUUGUGCACGGCCUAAUUGAAACCAUUGAAGCCACGACCAUCGGGAAACUUUAUUUUUCAAUACAUACCGGUCGACUAGACCUCCAAAACAAAUGGCUUCAUUUGUUGCAUUCUGUGAUCUCUGUUUCAACUGCCCUUCUGGAGUCAGCUCAGCGCCCUGCAAAUAAUAGUCAAGAAGAUACUGUUCCAGACAGCGCAAGCGUGCCUGAAAAGACUGCUGACCCAACCCUGCGACACCCCAUGAACCCCCUUAUGGUACAAACACUUGUGGAUGGUAUUUCAACACGAAGCAAUCGUCCAGUUCUCCAACACUGGCUCGACUUCAUCCUUAUGGCCGUCCCACAGUUUCAGCCGACUUUGCAGGCAGUCGUUACCCCUCUUAACGACUGUUUAUGCCGCCAGGUCCUUUCCUCCCUGGCAGAUGUGCUUAGAUCAACUACCCAGAUGCUGGAUUACGCAGAUGACAUGGCCGUAUCAGUUUCUGACGCUGAACUUAUCAUGCUGCUCAAUGGUUUAGAGCGCUUGAUUCUCCUGAGUCUGGCGUACACCUCAGAGAUAAACUCCCCCGACGAUGAAGCCAACACCAUGGAAAAGUCAACUGCUGAUGGUGGUGGCUUGCUAGGAUAUGUUUCGAAUGUUUUUAGUUCUGAAUCAAGUUCAGCCAAUCAGACCGAACAAUUAACAUCUCGCUCUGCCGGGUACCGUUCUUUGGAUGAAGGAAUUCGGGUCUUGUAUUCUGUGUGGGCCUCCCUCGUGUGGAAGGCUCCGCAUGAAUGGUCACCUAAAGAUGAUUCAUUCUCUGCUGAAGUCUUCGAGUCGAUUAUUGAUUGGUGGAGCAGAGACCAAACGCAGUUGUCAGUCUCAUCCCCAGAUGCUGCCUUCGAACUUGUCGAUGUUCUUGUCGCAAAUGCCCAGAAUGCAGUUCAUAUGAUUUGUGAAAGCAUAUCAAUCAGGAUCUUAGGGUCACCGGAGAAGAACAGGAAACAAGCCAUUAACCCGAAUUUGACUGACAACGUACUGUUCAAAUUUCUAGAGCAAUACCUCCGCCGACUAGAAGGCCCUCUUGCUGUCCAGGUUUGGGGGCGAUUUAUCCAACUUAUCAAAGAAAUCAUCAGCGCCUCGCGAGAUUUCAAGCUAUAUAACUUCCCUGCUCUCAAAUGUCUCGGGGUAUUGGCAGAUAAAAUCUCCCAGACAACAGCAAUGGAAGAUAGAAAAAUGCGGAAAGAGCUCCAAGAUAAUUACGGCAAAUUGCUUGAUUCUUGCAUUGUCUAUGUCGGUAGGUCGACGGACCAGGGGUCUUGGAUUCGAAGAAGCGCAAAGGAAGCUAUCAGCAACAGCGGGCGAGAGUCUCCAGCUCCACGACAAGACUCAAUACCUAAGCCCGAUGACAAGUCUGAAGUGAUUGUAACAUCAAUUCCUCCAGAAACGCCUCGUUUAGGGUCAUUGGAAGUCAUCGGACAGAUCAAUGGUUUCGUCGCAGCCUCCGCCCUGCCGAAUCUGCGCAAACUUUUGAUGGAAAACGACAAGAUCAUCAGUGCAUGCAACAACAUUAUUUAUUACAUCGUCAACCCAGCACUUCGAGGGAAAACCAGACCCAUGGACGUCGACUCAACGGUGAUACAGAUAUUGCAGGAAAUGACACGCAUACCCACUGCCCUUAAAUCAUGGAGGACUCCUGUAUCUGAUCUUCUCAACGACAAUCGGCUGUUUAACUGCAACCCCGAGGAUGCCAUGAAAUGGAAACCCAUAGUCAAAUCUCUGUAUGACUCGGACAAGACUACUUUUCCAGAGCUUUUAGGAAAGGUGGCUAAUGCGCCCUCUACCAAUAUUUUCACAAACCGGGAAUAUGAAAUGUUAUUGAGAUCUCUGAACCUGCGACGGCUUUCAUACGUCCUAUUCACCGGCGAGAAAAAUCACUUUCUCACACAACUUCCGACGAUCCAAGAGAAACUAGUGGAUAUCUUUCGGAGUAUUCCUUCCCCUGUUGUACAGAGUGAAGUCUUCCUGUGCAUCCGAGUCCUGCUUUGUCGACUAUCGCCGCACAACCUUACAAGCUUUUGGCCGGUUGUACUGACUGAGAUGCAACGUAUAUUUGAGCAGGCCCUGACGAAUAUACCUGCCGAUGGUUCGGAAGACUUGCAACUGAUACUAGCUGCUUGCAAAUGUUUGGACACUCUCCUGGUGCUUCAGACUGAGGAGUUCCAGAUUCACCAAUGGAUAUUCAUCACAGACACCGUAGAUGCCGUCUACCGCCCUGAUGGCUGGUCACCAGAAGCCAUGCUAGAUCAACUCGCAGAGAGUCAACAGGUUCAAAUCAUGUCGAUAUUACCACCAGCCAUACAGACCGGCGACCUAUGCGAAGACCGUUUUUAG